AUGCUGGGGCAUCUGGCCGGGCUGGUGAAGGUGCGGGUGACGCGCGGGGUGAACCUCGCCAUCCGCGACCUCCGCUCCAGCGACCCCUACGUCGUCGUCCGCAUGGGCAAGCAGAAGCUCAAGACGCGAGUGGUGAGGAAGAGCAUCAAUCCGGAGUGGAACGACGAGCUGACCCUCUCCGUCGAAGAUCCCACCAUUCCUGUCAAACUGACAAGCAGCCGAAAUGGUGACUGGAUGAGAGACAGCUGCCUGAGAACCAGCUCAUUGCUUCUUGUUCCUGUGCAGGACGUGUUCGACAAGGACACAUUCUUCGACGACCCGAUGGGCAACGCGGAGCUGGACAUCGGCCCGCUGGUGGAGGCCGCGACGAUGAGGAUCCAGCUGCAGGGCGUCGCCGACGGCACCGUGGUGAAGAAGCUGGUGCCCAACCGGCAGAACUGCCUCGCCGAGGAGAGCGCCGUCUACCUGUCCGAGGGCACGGUGAAGCAGGACGUGGUGCUCAGGCUGAGGAACGUCGAGUGCGGGGAGGUCGAGCUCCAGCUCCAGUGGAUCGACAUCCCAGGCUCCAAGGGCGCAUCAGGCUUUUAA